AGUCAGAAAUGAACAAAUUCAACAUAUUACUGUUUAUACUUAACGUGCAGCCACCGCACUUAAACUUGAAAUAUAACCAUUUCUGCAAACGCUUUUUUCUGUGGCUAUUUUCACUAUGGCCUUGGAAAGAAUUUGUGGGAUGGAUAAGGUGCCAUAUAUGAGAAGCUUUGGAUCCCGCACCUCAAAGCAAACAAUUGAAGAAAUCAGACUCGCAUCGAGUAACAUGGAUAAUCCCCUCGCCAUAAUGGCUCCGCCAUUUGAAAAUCCUCGCGAACGUGUGAAUAAACUGAGUGCCCUAGGUGAAGUGCAAAUGGAUUGGGACCACGGAACCACAACGGUGGGUUUUGUUUACCAAGGUGGCAUAAUCCUGUGUGUGGAUUCCAGAGCCACGUCGGGAAAAUUCAUCGGAUCCCAGAACGUGCAGAAAGUGGUGCAGGUGAACAAGUACAUGCUGGGUACCAUGGCUGGUGGUGCAGCGGAUUGCACCUACUGGGAUCGAGCUCUGACCAGGGAGUGCCGACUGCACGAGCUCCGCUUUAAGGAGCGACUACCAGUCCGAUCUGCUGCCAGAUUCAUCUGCAACGUGGCUGCGGAGUACAAGGGAAUGGGUCUCUGCAUGGGAAUGAUGUUGGCUGGUUGGUCGCCCGAGGGAUUCAGUUUGGUGUACGUGGACUCCGACGGCCUGCGGCUCCAUGGAAAAGUUUUCGCCGUGGGCAGUGGAUCCCACAAUGCCCUGGGAAUUUUGGACACUGACUACCGCUUGGAUCUCAGUGACGAUGAGGCCUACGAUCUGGCUUUCCGUGCAGUGUAUCAUGCCACCAUGAGGGAUAUCUUUUCCGGGGGUUUGGUGAGACUGUAUCACAUGGAUCAAGACAACUGGAGAAAUGUGGCCAAUAAAGACUGCCAUGAACUGCAUGAAAAGUACUCAACUGGACAAGCUCUUGAUGAUAGCAAGCUUUAAGUAAUGCGCAUCAUUACUUUAUAAAAGGGUGACUGAAACCACGUUUUGAACAAACACUUUUGCAAUUCACCAAAUUAAGACCAUAAAAUAAAUGUUGCUGACUUAUUUAUUUUCUAAUUUGCCUACACUUUUUUAAUUAGUGCGCCUUCUGUUUACGCAAAUUUUUACUCAAUUUUAGCGCGCUUGAAGAAUUUCAACCCUUACGACCAUUGAAAUUGCUAGUCGCUAAUCAUUUUGCGCUAAAUUAAGUGACCUAAUGGAAUGCUCCGAUUUUGUUCCACCUUUUUAUUUCUGAUAUGCGAGGUUGGGUCCUGCCCCCAAAAAGAACAUAAAAUAAGUAAAUUGCCUGCUUUCUGGACAUUGGCACAACAAUUAAGUUGGCGUUUAAGGCGAAUAAAGGACAGGAGCAGACACCAAAAAGAGUUAACAAAAGUCCCUGAAUAAAUCAAUGGCAACAGCAUUAUUUGGGCAUAGAAGGCGUGGAGUGAAAAAGGUUCAAAUACUUAAAUUUUUCCCGCUUCAUGCUUCUCGACCCGGCCAACAGCAGCAAUAAUA